GCGAGGUGAGCAAGUCGGGAGAGACUUGUUCAUUGACGGACUCCGCAGUCGAACGAUAAGGGCAAAGUUGCGAAAGCAAUUUUCCCCCAUCACUCAUACACUACAACAAAUUAUGGCUGCUGCGGAAGAAAUGGAACGGAAGUUCGCGGCGAACGACCUGGAAGGAGAAGAUUACCCUAGAGACGGAGAUUCAACCGAGCUCGCUCGAGCCAGAGCAGAGCUGGCUGCUUUACAGAACAAAUUUGAAAACAUGGGCAAGUUUGAUAUUCGGCAUGGUUUCCAUCACAUUCUGGUUAAGGAGGAAGAUCGGCCGAAAACGGCCUUUGUGUUGUUUGAGGGCACGUGGCAGUGGGUUCGGUGUCCGAUGGAAAUUUGCAAUGCGCCUGCCACAUUUCAGCAAGCAAUGAAUAUGACGUUCCAAAAUUUCGUCAACAAGACACGAUUGACGCAAGGGAUGAUUAACUUCUGCGUGAUUGUGUAUAUGGACGAUAUCCUGGUCUAUUCGGAAACCUAUCACGGGCACGCGCAACAUAUUGAAUGGACAUUGGGCGCACUGAGAGAUGCUGGGUUCAAGAUUGCGCUCGAGAAAAGCGAAUUUUUCCUCUCGGAAAUUUCGUUCUUGGGCUACGUCGUGACACGUGGAGGAUUGCGGCCGGACUCGAGAAAAGUUGCGGCGUUGAAGGAAGCCCCGGUUCCCACGUCACUGACGCAGGUUCGAGCCUUCUUGGGAUUGGCGUCGUACUACUGGCGCUUCAUCAAGGGCUUUGCCGCGAUUGCACGACCAUUAACGAAUCUGUUACGGAAGGACCAGCCUCUCAGCUGGGACGCGGAGUGCCAGCAAGCCUUUGCAACCCUCAAGGACACUCUGGCGACGGCCCCUAUUCUGAUUCGACCGGACCCCUCGAAGCAGUUUAUUCUCAUCACGGACUGGCAACCGGAAACUAUUUCCGCUAUUUUAGCACAGAAGGGGAACGAUGGUCGCGAACACGUCAUCGAGUACGCGUCACGAACCGUGUCGGACGAACGAAGGAACGACUCCGCACCUCAAGGCGAAUGCUAUGCAGUGGUCUGGGGAAUCCAGCACUUCCAUCCGUAUCUCUACGGACAGAAGUUUCGCCUCGUGACGGAUCACGAGCCUCUGCUAACUUUGAAGAAGCUCACCAAUUACACGGGCAUGAUUGGCCGUUGGGCAGUGCGACUGCAAGAAUACGACUUCGAUAUCGUCCAUCGAAAGACAGAGCGACACGGCAACGCGAACGGGCUGACACGUCUACAUCGACCUGCCAAGGUACCCAAGGGCGAGGAAAUUACACCGUGGAAAGAGCCGGACCUGACUAAUGAGCCAAAUGCGCCGCUAUUGAGUGAGGAGAAGUGGGACGCGUGGUGGGAGAACUAUAUCGAGCUCGCUUUCUGCCUACUGGAGAUAGAGUUCCGCUGGUCAGAGGCGGCCCCAUUCGGAGAAGAGCCGGAGCACCCAGAAGACAGCGUGGAGUUUUUGAUCAUCCAAGCCUGGAGGACAGCGGAGCAAGGUGACCUGCUGGGAUUUUUGUUCGGGAAGGUAGAGGAGGGCAAUCUCACCUUGAUCACGGACGAGUUGCUGGUAUUUUUGACUCAGCUAGCGGACGAUCUGCCCCUGGACAUCUUGUCGCACAAUGACAAGCAGCCUGGCACCCACGUGCUGUCUCGAACGCUCGAGCCGCACCUUAUGUGGUCCACGUGCACGGAAAUCGACGAGGACAAUUGUUUCUAUCCCUCCCAGGCGCUCUACUUGGAGAUCGACGUUACCGAUCUCACAUUUUGGGACCCGAUUGCGAGACAAAACAUCGCGCAGGACGAGGAGAUAAGGGGAUCGGACGAAGAAGAGGAAGAAGAAGAGUCAUCAAGUGAGGAACGGGACGAUCCGGACUACGUACCAGAAAGAGAGGCGGGGAUAGCCGAUGAAUCAAAUCAGUCGCAGGUAAAGGACGAAGGGGUGGAAUCAGAAGAAGAAGAAGGAAGCGGGCUAUCAGGAUCGGAGUGCGAAGGAUUCGAAGCUGAAGUGCGCGACACGGCGCGAGAACGAGCAUGAGAGCGGAGGAAACGGAAGAGCCAGGAGACCGCGGAGGGAAAGCGACCCACAACAGACGUA